CAUUCUACCCCACCUUAUUGUUCUUUUUCCUGACCUUAAAUAUUAAUUAAAAGGAAGCCUGUUCUUUGUCACGGCACAUCAUUCUUCCGAGUGAUUUAAUUUUCGCGCUGUUUUUUUUUUUUUUUUCUUUUCUUGUGAUUGAAGAAGGGAGUUUUUUUUAAUGGGAUAAGGCUAAAACGUUUCUUUAGGCAAACCAGGGCUGGUUCUGUUGCUGUUAUCUGAAGCAGGUCCAUGUGUUUCCUCAGUAAAAGGGCAUCCCCACCUCGUAAUAGGUUUCGUACUCUGACGUAAGAAGCCUGGCCAGUUUGACGCGUACCACUUUAUGAAUGUUAUCGUCCUGGUGCCUGAAGUUGGUGUUUGUUAUUCGCUGGCCAUAACCAGAGGACCACAACUUUCCGGCAUCCUGUGACUGGCCAGUUUUCUUCUGAGAACGGUGAUUUCAGCAUCAGAGAGCAGUCAAACCCCCGCAUGUCUAUGCCGCAUCCCAGCCAGCGGCCCUCCAGCAUGGUCAGCGAGUCUUCUGCAGCUGUCACCUCUUCCGUGACGGACGCCGUCUCCGGACCUAAGGGCUCCAAGUCGGGGGGAAAGGUCCACAACUUCGGAAAGAGGGACCAUGCCAUCAAAAGGAACCCAAACAUACCAGUGGUAGUGAGAGGCUGGCUCUUCAAGCAGGACAGCUCCGGAAUGAGGCUGUGGAAGCGGAGGUGGUUUGUCCUGUCUGAUUUCUGCCUGUUUUAUUACAAAGACAGCCGGGAGGAGACAGUCUUGGGCAGUAUUCCUCUGCCCAGUUAUGUUGUCGCUCCGGUGGACCCCGACGACCACAUCAGCCGCAAGUACGCCUUCAAGGCGGUGCACACAGGGAUGCGCUCCUACAUUUACAACAGGCACUCUGUGAUUGGCUCUCAGGCUGAGCACAGCGGUAUGCGCACGUACUACUUCAGCGCCGACACCCUGGAGGACAUGAACGGUUGGGUCCGUGCCAUGAACCAGGCGGCACUCAUGCAGACCCAUGGGCUCAGUAGGGAGACGACAAAGUCUAACAAGGAUGGCAAGCUGGCCGCCCCGCAGGCGAAUCACGUCAAUGGAAAGCAGAAAAGCCCCGCCCAACUGGAUGGCACGCGCCAGCCUGGGAGGCCGGAGAAGGUGAACAGCUUUGAGAGGUCUGACCCGGGGCGCGGGGAGCGCUAUGGCUUCCGGAAAGAUGAGGGUCGUGCCACUGGCAGGUCUCCGUCCGGAGGCAGGGACGUAGACGCCUUUUCCCCAAACUCAUCCUUCUCACGGGCCCCGUCGGUGCCCCCCAUGCACAAGAUGGCCGUCCAGCCCGAGCAGAAUGGAGGCGUACCGCACAGUCGGGGCGUGCCCCCCACCAUGGGCAUGGAGCAGCAGAGGAAGAACACGCUGGCCCAGGUGGAGCACUGGGUGAAGGUGCAGAAGGGAGACCCCAUGAGCCUGCCGCCCUCUGAGCACACGCUCCAACGGAGAAGCCUGCGGCCGCAGGCGAACGCCGCGGAUCCCUACCCGUCGUUGCCGAAGGCCUCGCGCCACUCGAUGGGCGCUACCCCCCCUCUGGCACCCCGUCACCUGACCGGCGACUACAAGUAUGCCCACGACCGGCUGAGUCACCUGCGCAUGUCCACGGACGAGCGCGUGGCCCAUAAGGAGGACACCGUGUGGCAGCUGUACGAGUGGCAGCAGCGGCAGCAGUUCCGCUACGGCAGCCCGACGGUGCCCAUGUACGGCAUCGACCCCACCUCCUUCAGGGCGGCCCUGGAGGUUCCCCGCUCUGUCUCGGUGCCUCCGUCGCCCUCCGAUGUCCCCCCACAGGGGCCCCCACCGAAGACCCUUUCACCGCGGAGGCUUCACACACCCGCCGAGCGGGUGACCGUACGACCACCGCAUGAGAGGCCGUCCGUGGUAGUGCCUCCCUCAGGCUCCCCCCUGCAAAUGCGCACCCAGCUGUCCAAGACUUCUCAGAUGGAGAGGCGAUCGAUGCCGUCCAUGGGCUACAUCACGCACACAGUCAGCACCCCCAGUUUACAUGGUAAAUCGGCUGAUGAUACUUACAUGCAGCUGAAGAAGGACCUGGAGUAUCUAGACCUGAAGGUGCCCGGAUGCGAGAUGUUAAAAGACAAAACAACGAAACCUGUAAAAAUAGCCGAGAGCGAUGUAGACGUGAAGCUGAGCAGACUGUGUGAGCAGGACAAGAUCCUCCAGGACCUGGAGACACGGAUCCGGACGCUAAAGGAGGAUAAGGACAAGCUGGAGUCGGUGCUGGACAUGUCCCACCAGCAGAUGGAGCAGUACCGCGACCAGCCAGCCCAUACCGAGAAGAUUGCUUACCAGCAGAGGCUGCUGCGAGAAGAUGUGGUGCACAUCAGGGCAGAGAUCUCCCAGCUGUCCACGGAGAUGGAGAACGCUUGGAAUCAUUACAGCCGGCUGGAAACGGACCUGGAGCAUUUAAGGGAGGCCUUGCAGGACCAGAUGAGCCGGGACAUCCUGUCACAGCAAGAGAAGGGUCAAAUGAGGAAGGAGUUGUGGAGGAUCGAGGAUGUCAUGGUGGGGCUAAGUUCCAGCAAGGCCAACUACAAAGUCACCAUAGAAUCUAUACAGAACCCAGAGAGAAAACUCGUGCCUUCAGUGUCGUCGUCCUUUGUGCCUUCGCUGUCCAUGAGCGUCUCCACGUCAACUGUCAAGCCGCCCCAGCGAGGCCCCACCCCCAAUAGCCGGGGGUCGCAGCAGCCGACGUGGAGCCCCCCAGUGUAUCAACAGCCUGCGCCGACGUGGGUCGAUGAGGACGUCCCUCCCAGACCCCCCCUGCCCUACCUGUACAGCCCUGAUGAGCAGCCCCCCGUCGUGCCCCCCCUCCCCAAGGAGGCGUCAGUCAUCCGACACACGUCUGUCCGGGGCUUGAAGCGCCAAUCCGAUGAGAGGAGGCGAGACAGGGAGGUUGGUCCGUACAUCAAUGGAGACUACAAGGGGGAAAUCCGGCCAUACCUAAGUGAGCCGGACCUGCUUGGGUUGGGAGAACCGGACUUGAGCUACGAGAUGCUGGAGCCGGAUGCUGGCUACCAGACGUUACCGAGCAAAGGCCCAGCCAGCUCCAAUUCAAGGCUGGACCCCGUCUCCUUCGUGGUGCUUAGAAGGGGAUCGCCCGCAUCUGGCCUGAAGGAGAGACCGAAGAGUGCCCUGGAGCGGCUGUACUCGGAGGAGCCUCGCCGUGGGGCCCGCAUGAGUGCCGACGAGCAGGUGGAGCGCAUGAAGAGGCACCAGAAAGCGCUGGUGCGAGACCGCAAGCGCACACUGAGCCAGGGGGGCGGAACCCGGGCUUCCUCCUCCUCCUCCUCUUCGUGCCCCCGGCCCCUCUCUGCCGACCUGGGCUCAUGGAGACGAGAGCAGGAAUUCGACUUGCAGUUGCUGGACCGGGCGGUGCAAGGUGAGGAGCAGCACCCCGAGAACCAGGAGCACCAGCGCCCGCAUUCGGAUGAGUGGCUGGUCGUGAAGGCCAAGCCGUCACGGGAGCCAGACCAGGAGCCUCUGGACUACAGUCUUGACCUCACCCGUGAGCUCUCCAAGCCGCAGAAGGUGGCCAUCCCAGAGCGCUACGUGGACUCAGAUCCCGAGGAGCCGCUGAGCCCACAGGAGAAGGAGGCUCGUAACCGCAAAGUCGAGCGCAUCAAGAGCAUCCUGGCUAAAUCCAGUCUUCAGAACCUCCAGCCACCAACUGCGCCGCUGAGGCCGGAAUUCAUGGACAUUGACCAAGCCUUGCAGGAACAGGAGCGCAUAAUCACCAUCUCCUACACGCUAGCGUCCGAGGCUUCGCAGAAGAGCAAGGAGGUGGCAGAGAGGCGGAGUGGUGGGGGCGUGUACCUGUCAGCGGUCUAUUAAGCCAAAGCCGUGUCAGACCACUGAGGUGCUACCACACGGGGACCAGGCGUGAUGACCUGGACUCAAGAAGUCAGAACAACUGUGUUGGGCUCCAGCAUGAAAACACCUGUAACAUAGAUCCUGUAUUGCAGAGCACUGACAGAUAAAUAGAACACUAGUUUUUGUAACACUUUUUAAAUAAAAAAAAGGGAAAAACAAGCUGAAAUUAAAUAUUUUGUAAAGGAGAUCCAUGGAGUGGAGGCUGCUGCGAAUGUAUUAGUGUCAACAUUAAUCUGUUUCAUACUUAAUAUUGCACUUCUAACAUAAGCUGUAUUGUAGUGAAGAUUUGAAACACACCAUCGCCUCUCGUUAUAUGGAUAGAAAUUUCACAGAAAAAUCCAAGGGAAUUCUAAGGCGGAAUUAUUCCGGUGAACUCGCCAGGAAAUUGGAAAAAAAAUACAUAUAUUUCAUCAUUUCUUCAUUUAUAUAAAUGAGUAUAUUCAUAAAGUGAAAAGAGUAAAAUAUUUUUGUUUGACCCAGCACUGCCAGUUAAAGCACCAUCUUAGCUUGCUAAAUGAAUUUUAUUUUUGCUAACAACACUGGGGGAAAAAAA